AGUGAGUGGGAGAGAAAGAGAGGGAGUGAGCGAAGUGAGGCGACAGAGCGGAGGUGACAGCGGAGAAUGGAGUUGAGUUCGUCCGCCCAGCGAGCUUUGACGGCGGCGAGCGAGGAGAAGAAUCCACUCGGUCCACUUUUCCUCCUGGAAGCGGUGUGCUGAAAGAACACGGGAGGAAUUAACUGGGGAGAAAGGAAAGGAAUGGCUGAUCCUCUGCGGAGGACUUUACUAGCGAAACUCCGGGGGAAGAAAGCCAGGAAAGGAGCGACGGUCGGCAGUGGAUACGGCUGUGCUGCUUCUGCUGCUGCGGCGGUGAAUGGGGGACGAGAAGGUAAAGAAAAAGUUUUGCAUACGCAGCGAGACUCCGGCGAGGCUCGCCCGGUAGUGUUGGAGUGUACGACAGAGAGAAUGAGCACGUACGAGAAUUGUGUUAACGCGGCCACGGUGCAAACAGCUGGGGUUGUGGUAGUGCGGCAGAGUCGCGUAGCGGAGCUGGAGCACAGCGGCGGGGGCAGGGUUCGGGUUAAUGAGCAGCGCCUGGGGGUCUCACUUCAAACACACUGCCAGUUUAGUGGACGUGUGUUCAGUCAGGGAGAAGGGAGCCACCAAGGGCCCGCGUCCGCGGAUAAAAUCAGGUUGCCGGUUCAGGUCCCGCUUGAAGGACCGCAUGCCGAGAGAAAACACUUCGUCUCGGUGCCGCGGCAGUACAGCGUCGGGGAUUCAAUCGGGUUUGGGGACAAUUCAAACCACGUUUUGUACCGAGUAAGAGUAGAGACUCAUACCGGGGGAAGUAAACCAUCAGAAGCCCUGGUUAGUAUUACUCAUAGUGAGGGGACAGAAGACAGGGACAGGGGACAGUCCCGGCACAUGGCAGCAGGAGCCUCGCUGUCCCCGCAUGAGCACAGCGUCAACCGGAGUUUUGACAACAGCCCAACUUUGGAGACGAACUGCGCGACGCUUGUGCGUCCAAACUCCCCGCCAGCAAACACGGAAGAACACAUAUUAAUCAGAGAUAUUGAGAGCUACGAGCCAGAGUAUACAGCUGAUAUUAAAGGCGGUGUCGGCGGUCUGCAGAGUCCGACGUUCUUCCCUACAGAGUUAGAAAUAUGCGACAUCAACAUGGCAUCCCUGUGCGCCACACAGGGCCCACUCAGAUACCAUUUAGACAGCGAGGAUGAUGAUUAUUAUGACAAUGAAAUUCUGCCCUUUUAUGAAACAAUCAGAGUCAAAAGUGAUGGGGUAAGACCAGAGGCUGCAGAGCUGCCACAGUCUGGUCAGGACAAAGGACAGCUUGAUGAUGGCAACAGUGCUCAGGAAACAGACAGGCUUAGGAACCAGCUCAAAGAGGCUUAUUAUCUGCUCAUUAAUGCUAUGAAUGAUAUCAACCUGGAUGUCCAACAGAUUAGUGGUGGUUUAACUGAGCAGCAGGCCACCUCCUCCUGCAGUAGCCACUCCAGAGACAGUCUGUGCUCCAGGUUGUCCGCCAAAAACAUUGACAGUGACUCUUGGUCCUCAGGAGGAGACCACAGCCCGCAGCAGGUAUCUGACACCGACUCGCUCCUGCUCUGUCUCAGCGGUAAAACUGAGUCAGGGCUUAAAAGCAGGCUGAACACUAAGAGUAUGGUGAACCUGUCUGUGACCAAGACAAGACCCACAUUACCACGCUCUGCUAGUGACGGAGCCAUUAGGCAUGCAGCUGGACCCUCAGGCUUUACUCAGGUUCCCGAAAGUGUACCGUGUCCAGAAAUCUGUCACGAUGAAGAGUCAAAAGAGGCUGAAGGAGGUGAGGUCAAUGGCGACCUGUCUGACCACAAUGUUCACAGCAGUGAUGAGCUGCUAAAUGAUGCCGGCCAUGAGGAGGAACAUGGCGGGCAGCUCAAUGAGAGCAGUGGCUCGGUCAACAGCCUCACAGGAUCCUCAGACAGCAACACUGAUGCGUCGGCGCAUCAGGGUCAUUACAACAAGCAGGAGCUGAUGACCGGAGUCCGAGCGCAGGUGGCCAACUCCACCAACAAGGGCCACGGUGUCACCGUCAAUAAGAUGCAGGAGUGGAUGCACAAGGGCCGCUUGCUGUCUUCAGAGAUGAAGCAGCGUAUUGAGGGCUCAUCUCUACACCGCGGUGGAGGCCAAAACCAGGCCGGGUCCUGUUCUCUGGCUAACCUCAGUGGGUCUAAACAUGGCAAGGCAAAAUCACCCACGGUCAAGUUGCCUCAACAACAACAACAACAACAACAGCAGCAGCAGCCAGCUCUCAUUGAGAAUGUCCAAACCCCGUGUGCUAAUGGCCGUGAGGUGGCCAGGUCCACCGAGCCUUCGUCGUGGAGGCAGCCGCUCACCACCAUCACUGUCUCCAAAAAGCGCAACUGGCUGCAGCAGAGUUCCCUCGGGAGGAAUCACUGCCCCAAGGACGAGCAGCCCCAAGGAAUGCUGGGAGCUGACGAGGAGGGCGGCCAGUGCUUCCAUCAGCCUCCUCCUCCUUCCAGUCCCUCCCCAGACCACCUGAGACCCUCGGGGGGAGCCCCAGCCCCACUACGGCCAGUUCGCCUUCAGCUGCCGCAGGUCAGCGUUGGUCAAACUAAGGUGUCUCCACACCCUCGGCGCAUAGACCCAGCUGAGGAGAACGAUGCAGACGAUGAAGGAGAGAUCUGGUACAACCCGAUCCCCGAGGACGACGAACUUGAGGCGUCGCGCAGACCCACCGUGCGGCUGCUGGUCCCCCCUCGAACGGAGCUGGAGAGGAGGCCCAGCAGGGGAGGAGAUGUGGCUCACAGGACCCUGGAGGGCAUCGGCGUCCCGGAGGCACUAGGUGAUGGCGCUUCAGGAGACGGGAGUCAGGGGAAUGCUGUACAUUCCACAGAGGCACUACAUCUGCACAGACAAAUGCAUGCGUGCAAACCUCAAGAGGAGGGGGGGCCUUCCACCAGCAGAGCCACAGAUGUUGCUGAUCUGCCCAACGCUGUUGGCUUCUCCCCUCCUUCCAGUCCCAAUCCAGCCAAGAAGAGCAGCUCCAUCAACUGGUCAUUCCCAGACAAGAUCAAGUCCCCACGUACCGUCAGAAAGAUCUCCAUGAAGAUGAAGAAGCUCCCAGAGCUUAGCCGUAAACUCAGCAUUAAAGGGACCCCAAGUAGUAACGAGUUGGAACCGAGAGCCCACUCCCCUCGAAAUAACGCCAGUGGUUCAGAGGUUGUCCCCCAAACUUCAGGCCCUACUAGAUUGGCAGCCCCUGGGAGUGGUCAGGCGAGCCGCAACGUAAUCUCCCGAUACCAUCUGGACAGCAGUGUGUCCACACAGCACAGCUUCAGCAAGAAGAAAAGUAACGGCACCUCAAAGUCCGCCAGCAAAGGUGGCUACCUCAGUGACGGUGACUCUCCAGAGCUGGUGGCCAAAUCUGGGAAGCACGGCUCUUCAGAAGGGAAGGGAGGGAAAGGCAAGGAGUUGGAAGGAGGUGGAAACUCCAAAGUUAAUGGCACAGAGUUGGACAUUGAUGCUUUCCGCCAUUACAGCUUCACAGAGCAGCCCAAGUGCAGCCAGUACAUCUCUGGACUCAUGAGCCUGCACUUUUAUGGCGCUGAGGACCUUAAACCUCCACGUAUUGACUCUCGAGAUGUAUACUGCGCCAUUCAAGUGGACUCCGUUAACAAAGCACGAACCGCUCUCCUCACAUGUCGUACCACCUUCCUAGACAUGGACCACACGUUUAACAUUGAACUGGAGAAUGCCCAGCAUCUGAAGCUGGUGGUGUUCAGUUGGGAGCCCACGCCGAGACGCAACCGCGUCUGCUGCCACGGCACAGUGGUCCUGCCUGCGCUAUUCCGGGUGACACGAUCGCACCAGCUGGCGGUGAAACUGGAGCCGCGGGGGCUGAUCUACGUCAAGCUGAGCCUGAUGGAGCAGUGGCAGAACUCACUGGAUGGCGGGCCACGUGGAGACAGGGAACCCCAGGUGUUUGGUGUGGAGGCGUGGCGGGUGGUGGAGAAGGAGAACUCGGGACUGAUGGUGCCACUGCUCAUAAGCAAGUGCAUCAAUGAAAUUGAGAAGAGAGGCUGUCAGGUGGUCGGUCUCUACCGUCUGUGCGGAUCCGCCGCCGUGAAGAAGGAGCUGCGCGAGGCGUUCGAGAGAGACAGCCACGGCGUGGAGCUGUGUGAAAACACGUAUCCCGACAUCAACGUGAUCACAGGCGUGUUGAAGGACUAUCUACGAGAGCUGCCGUACCCUCUGAUCACCAAGCACCUCUACGAGGCCGUGCUGGAGUCCAUGGCCACGCGGCCUCUGCGUAUCGGAGCGGCGGGCUGCGAGAACGACCAGGCCGACUCGGAGCACACCGUCGGCCUGCUGGAGAACCUGCCGGAGGUGGAGAGGAUGACACUGCGGAAGCUCCUGGACCACCUGAAGCUGGUGGCUUCCUACCAGGACGUGAACAAGAUGACUUGUCAGAACCUGGCGGUGUGUUUCGGGCCGGUGCUGCUCAGCCAGCGUCAGGAGGCGUCGUGUCACACCAACCGAGUCUUCAUCGACUCCGAGGAGCUGGCCAGUGCCCUGCACUUCAAGAAGCACAUCGAAGUCCUGCAUUACCUCCUGCAGCUAUGGCCAGUCGUGGACCCACACAGGCCGUCAUCAGCUCAGCCUCCUGCAGCCUCAGUGUCACCAGAUCAGCUCUCGGCUCCUCCUCUACGUCGGAGAAAAGAGCGCCCCCAGGUGCUGAACCUCAGCGAAGCCGAGAUAGCCGGUGUUUUGCGACCUAAACCGGGACGCCUGGACAGCCCCAGCAACCGCUACGCCGGUGACUGGAGCGGCUGCGGCGAGAGCUACUUCCCCUCUGAGAUGAUGAUGCUGCUGCCUCCCAGCAAAGAGGAGGCGGACUAUGAUGACGUUCCCUCAGAGGACACGGAGACAGCUGAGGAGGAGGAGCAGCAGCAGCAGCAGCAGCACAAGUCUGAAGAUGAGGAUGAUAAAGCAGAGCAGGAGCAGGUCACAUCUUCUCCUGCUCUGUGUGAUCCCUCCGAGCAGGAGCAACCUCCGAGAGAGGAUGCGGUGAACGUAGAGGACGAGAAAGGGAGGGAAGAAGAAGAAGAGGACAAGCAAGGAGAAAGCGAUAGUUCGGGCAACAGCAGCAGGCAGGGAUUAGAAGACGAGGAGCAGGAGGAGAGGGUGUGCGACCAUAUCCUGCUGCCUCGGCUGCCCAAGGAGCACACGUACCAGGCGUACAUGAAGAUCCAGGACAUCAGCCCAGUGUUGAGCAACAGGGUGAACCUGAGAGACCUGCAGGAGAGCAUCGACACUCUGAUAGGAAACCUGGAAAGGGAGCUCAACAAGAACAAGCUCAACAUCGGAUAUUGACUACUACUACUACACACUCACACACAGACUAACACACACACACACACACACACACACUCGUACAGUCACAGUGUUUCCAUGGAGAUCCUGUGAGGUCACCGUGGCUGCGUGACCUGCCGUUGCUGCUCUUAAGAACCUAAAGGAUGAGAUGAGAGGAAAUGUAAACAGGGCACCUCUGGUCUGUUUGUACCCAUAGACAUUCCUAAUGUUUUGUUUUCCUUUUUAUUUUGUCAACUCUCCGACUUCAUGUCGUUGUAGGUCUGUCACAGUCCACAGUUCUGUGUUCCGUGUUGUUGUUGUUGUUGUUGUUAUUGUUGCUUCUCUUCUUAUUAGAAGAACCCAUUGACCCUCAUUGAGGGGUUUAAAAAGGUGCCUUAAUUGUGCGAAGGUGGUACGCCCGAGAUGAAAAUCCACCCUGGAUAUAAACGCAUCCCCUCCUCUAUUACAGUAUAACCUCUCAGAUUAGUGAAGACUUAGAAAAAAAAGUAUAUUAUUCUUUUAGCAGGUACGACUUGUGAGUGAGUAAUAAGUGAUACUGAUGGCAGCACUUGUAAAUGUAAUACAAAUUGUAUUUAAAUCUUCUCAUUUUCAAACCAAAACAUCCUUAUUCAGGAGUUUCCCCACCUUCUUGGCAGAAUCUGACAGAGCAGACACAGGAAAAAUCUGGGAAUCAUUAGGCGUCUUGAUUAAGAAUUGGUUCCCAGUGAAAGUAUGUGAUUAAAUAAUUGAAUUAAUGAAAAAAAGAAAUGUGUUGGUCAAGGCAGCGUCUUUAUUAUUAUGAUUGGAAAUAGAGGAGAACUGCUCUGAUGUUUUUUGGACGCGAUGGAUUUGUUUCAAGAUUCUGGUUUUAUCCACUCUGUGGCUCGUGCUCGUGCUAUUUAUUAAAUAUUAAAUUAAAAUACUCGAGGGAUUUCAAAUCGCUUUUCCCAGAAAACCUUGAGCAGACUGAAAAAACAGUGUGGUUGAAACUGCAGCGUCAGAAGCUCAAAAAAAUAGAUGUUUACAAGCAUGUUUGAGGUUUUUAUUUUAUUUUUUAACCCUUUUCUUUUAACCUCCCUCCUAGAACUGUUUUCUAAAGUAAUGCCUUCUGGUGAGUAAAGUCAUCAGUGUUGUUCGCUUAGUGCAAACAAUUGUCUUGAGUAGGAACUUGUGUGUUUGUCCUGUUUCAGGGUGGAUUUCUUUUCUUUUUUCUGUGUUAAGGCAGCAGAGAGCUGCAUUUUCUGUCGAGGUAUGAAACACUCAAUGUUGUACAACAAUAAUGCACUUAUGAGGUAUGUGUGGUAGUACAGGCUGUCAUUGUUGAACAUGCAUUUAAAAAAAUAAUAAUAUUGUGGCUGUGGACUGAAUUUCAAACAGCUGCCACUGAAAUGAUCCAAUCUGGGUUGAACUUUGUGCAUAUUUGUCAAUGUCAAUGUUAAGACUCCAUAACUACACUCACCUGUCAGACCUGAUAUGAUCUCUCAAUGUACAGUCAAGAUUUAUUCAUUAUAUCAGUGAAACAUAUUCAUUUUAAGCUCUACAAGAAUAGUUCAACAUCGUUUGUUUCUCCCCCUUUUUUGCUGAGACUCGGAUGAAAAGCUCAAUAUCACUCUCAUGUCUCCACAGUGGACAGUAAUACAAGCCGAUGCUGCAAUGAGACAAUAACUGUGCUCGAACUGAUUCGAGAAGAUUGGUGUUGGUAUGUCAUUUUUUUUUUUGUCUCUUUUGGCUGCCGUCCCAAGAUGGCUCAUAAAAAGUAACAGUUUAUUUAUUCCAGGGCUAUGAAAAAGCACAUGAUUUGUAUUUUAAAGUGUAAUAUUUGAGUAGUAUAAUUAACAUCUUGCAUCUUUGGUUUGAUAUCACAAGUUUUACUUAAAUAAAGUGAUUAUUUUUUAUUUCCGACACAGAAAUAAUGUCGUCUGGAUAAUAGACACAGGAUAAGGUGUUAGUUGUUGCCUUAAGUCAAUUUGAAAUAACUUUAUUUCCUAAGUAUCACCGCUACGUUCCUUGUGGCAUGUGGACAUGACAUCAUUUAUAUAGAAAUAAAAUGAUUGAAUAAAACCUGUAGGUUUAUCAAGUCCAAAGAAGAAAAUUGAAUUCUUGAAGCCUCACAUGUUAAAGUGUGUUUGUGUAAUUCAAAAUAUUACAGGCUGAUCUACUCACAUCGGACUGUUAUUGAACCUCUCAUUUAAUUCUUGGCAAGAAAAUAAACUAUUAAAUAAAAGUAUCAAACUCUUCCCUCUUUGAAAUCCCUGCUUCCCUCAAACCGUGAAACAAAAACAAAACCGAGUUACAGAACCUCUUAAAAAAACGACAAAGGAUGUCUUCAUCAAUCCAGGGAUUCAGAACGAUCAGUAUUUAACCUUUUAUGUAUAUGUAUAAAAUUAUAUAAUUGUAUUUGGAGUGUAUUAUUUUUUACACAUUCUGUUUUCCCGACGGUGUAUAUUUAAAUACUUCUGAUGACCUUGUCAUGUUGAUCUGUAGCAAUAGUUCGCUUUCCUUUCCCCCUUCAAGCUACCUGUACACAUCUUAAUGUGCUGGACUAAUGGUACAACUUAAGCUGUAUAAUAUGUGAUGAAAUCGUGCUCUGUGCAGAUAAAAAAAAAAGUGAUAUUGUUAUUUUUGUUAUAUUGUGUAUACGUGUAUAUUUGACAUUGUUUAGCGUUGCUGGUGGACUAAGCUAUGUUUAUGUAUGUUUGUUUAUGUUUUUUUGAAAGGUACUGAACGUCGCAUGGUCAAAAGCUUUACCGGUAUAAAUGAGGCUCUUUCUCAUCUGCCUUUGUAUUUCAUAUUUAUGUGUAAAAAGACUAUUUUGUAAUGUAUGCUCAUGUGUCACCCUGUUUCCUCCAAUAAACAGAUAACUGCA